UCCUCACAGCCUGAGCUUUUAGGAAGUUCUACAAGACUAAAAAAGAGCUGUGUAAAUUUUUCUUCACUGGUUCUCUUUAGGGUCAAAGCUGUAGGAUAGGGAUGGCAGUGGCUUUUGUUGUCUUUUGUGGCACUAUAGUGUCUCUAGCGCUACCUGUUACAGCUAAUGGGGAUUAUUUUGAUGGGCACUUUGCAGCGUACUCACCAGGAUUCAUUCAUGAUGUCUGGCAUAUUCCUCAGCCUCACAAUUUUGAUGGAUUUGAACCCAUGUUCCCAAUGCCAUAUGAUACUCAGGCCCUGCUGGGAAAAGGAAACAGUUUUUCAUUAAGGAUCAUGAAUUCAUCCUGGAGCGGUCCUGCAGAUACUAAUGUUUUCCACAAAGGAGAGCAGUUGUAUCUGCAGGUGUCAGCCUCACCUGCACCUGGUCAACAGCUUUAUGUCCAGUCCUGCCAUGCUUCGUCUUCUCCAAACCAUGCUGAUAAACCUGAAGUCGCCCUUAUCAUUAACAAAGGAUGUGUGGCCUCCAAAGAGUCUUUGGUGAAGUUUGUUUUGCAACAGCGUGACCGAAUAAAUUUGAUAGUCCGUACGUCCAGCUUUAAGUCUUCUGAGAGUUAUAUUCACUGCAGAGUUUAUCUUACUGAUUUGGGACUGACCUCUACCACUAAAUUCUGCAACUAUAACAAGCUUAAGUCCAGAUGGGUUGACCUGGGUGGCCAAACCUCAGUAUGUGAUUGUUGUGGGAGAAGGUGCAAAAGCUUAAAAGAACAUGCGGAGCUGCCUGUUUCUCUAGACCUGACCGCAGUAGUAAGCACCGGCCCGCUGAUUAUCAAAGAUCAACGGUCUGCUCCACAGGCCACACCGCUGGCACCAUCAGACUACAGCAUGAAGUCCAGCUCUACAGCCGGAGACAAACCGGAUAAAAGCUGGAUCGUAGCAAGUCACUCUUUCUCUAAGGGCUCAAUGCAAAAUGUUGGCAAUGUCUCCCCCUGGCCUGUCCAGCGUGGCUUUGGAGGAGGUGUGAUCGUUGAAAGCCAGGGCCUGGGAGGUGAUUUGGCAAUAUGGCUACCAGAGAUCUUGGAGCUUGUGUUAAACCCAGUGGUGCAGAUGGAGAUUGGUUUUCCAGGAGAUCCCACUGAUCUAACCUUUCAAGAUGGUGAACCCUUUAGAAAGCUGAAACCAGAUGAGAGCUCUGAGAAGAGUCCGGUAGUUGCUCUGGAUGAAGGACAAGCUUAUGUAGAAGCUGUGAAAUCGCAUGAUGUUGUAAAGGAUGGGUACAUGUGGCAACUUGAUGAUGCUGACCGCUUGUAUAAGAUUCAGGAAAAACCUGAUGUGACCGAAGCAGAUCACCUAGAGCAGCCUAAGCGGAGUCUUGAAUCCGAAUUUGACUUCGCUCCAAAUGACCAGCCACUGAUCAGCCCUACUCCAGACAAGCUCUCUGAGAGUGCAGAGGAUGAGGGAGAAGUUGUUUUCAGACAGUCUGAGAUGGUCUUUAAGAGUGCUAAAGGAGCUAAACCAUCAGAGCCUGUUCUUUACUCUAAACUGAGUCUGAAUCGAGCUGUAAAUGGAUCCACUUUUCUUAAUUAUGAAGAACAGAAGAGGCCCAGCAUGAACAAACUGGACCAUGAGCAGAAUGUUGAGAAAAGUCAAACGGAUGAGGCGAUGGAGGGUACCUCUAAAAUUAAAGACCUGGUUUCAUCCCUACUGGAUCAAAUGAGAAGACUGUGGACCGUGCAGUGACCAUUUUUCAUCAUGGCUUGGUUUGAAGUGAUCUAUAAUGUUUUUGGACUUUCAACCUAAAUAAAAGUUU